GUGUCAGUCUAUGUGAUAGAGUUAGUUGACAAAACAUGGAGCAGGAUGAUAGCAGGUUUGAUGAAGUGUUUCGAUCUCUCCAAUGGAAGGGAUGGUAUCAAGUGACGCGAUGUUCGGUCUUAUUGCUCUUUUCAGUAAUCCUAGCUUUCAAUCAACUCUCAGUAAUCUUUAUAGGAAACGUUCCUGGGUACCACUGCCGAGAGCUGCAGAGCUUAAACGUAACUGUUAACAAUGUUACCCUAGACGUCCUGUCUAACGCCAGUCACCGCAGUUACAACGUAACUUACAAUCAAUGCUCCAUUGACGUCAGGAAUGCCACUGACGUCAUUCUCAGCACUGACUGCAAAGGCUAUGACUAUGAUGAAGAUGUGUCCAAGUCAUUUGUGUCAGAGUGGGACUUGGUCUGUGAGAAGGAAGUCAUGUCUGACAAUGUGCAGUUAUUCUACAUGCUUGGAGAGAUAUUUGCAUCACUAUUUCUGUGCCAGUUAUCAGACAACUAUGGACGAAAGCCAACACUGGUAUGGUUCAGCGCGCUAGCUCUGGUCACUUCGAUCUUGUGUGCAUUUCCACCGAACUUGAUUUUCCUCAUUGUGUUUAAAUUUCUGACUGGAGUAUUUCUUUCAAAUGCCUGCCAGUCAGCGUACACAUUACUGACUGAAAUGAUGCCAACUGACUACAGAGCAUUGCCAGAGACAAUCAAAGCUUUCUUCUACAUGACCGCCAUGUUGAUCACGUGUUUGAUCGCUUUCCUGAUACAAGACUGGCAUUGGGUGCAAAUGACUCUAGCCCUCCUGUCUGCCUACGUAGUAAUUUUACAUUGGUUUAGUGAUGAAUCAAUUAUCUGGCUCUGUGCCACCAAGAAGUAUACACAGGCUGAGGAAAUUAUACGCAAGAUUGCUAGAGUAAAUGAAAUUGACCCCCACGAAGCUUUAGAGGCACUGAAAAAGAUGAUUGUAUCAAGAGAAAGCCAAGAUAAGGACACAAUUGUGUUAAAUGGCACUCUGUCCGCAGACGAAGAGAGCUCUGAGAGGGAACGCCUGAUUGCAGACGACACAAUUCAUUGGAUGGACUUUGUCAAAAAUAAGAAUUUGUUAAAUUUGGUGCUCAUCUCAUCAGUGUUGAGGUUUGUGGCUACAGUAGGAAAUCAAGGACUGGUUUUUACAUCCUCUUCGUUAACAGAUAACUUCUAUCUUGGCUACUCCCUGGGGACGUUAGUGGAGUAUCCGGCCACCCUCCUCUUCUAUUUGGUUGUCAACAGACUGGGACGCAAGAAGUGUGUGUACAUAUUCCAUUAUAUUGCUGGAACAGUCCUGAUCAUUUCAUCAUUGCUCCUCAUGCCGUUUGCUGAAAACCUUGCUGGAAAAUUCUGGUUGUCUUUUGUCCUGUCACUGUGUGGAAGAUGGUCUAUCUCAAUAUGUUACCCAGCAGUUGUGUUAUACACAUUGGAACUGUUUCCUACUUGUGUCAGAAAUACUGGAACUGGUAUAUCAGAUACUGCAUCAAGCGUGGGGACUCUUAUCUCUCCAUAUUUUCGAACUCUGGUAAGGCAUGUACCGUGGGCGCCGAAUGUUAUUUUAGGUGCCAUGUGUGUGUUAGCCCCACUCACUAUCAGAGGCCUUCCAGAAACUAAAGGGCGAGAACUACCUCACACCUUAGAAGAUAUGAAUAAAAUGAUGAGCAAACCGCAACAAGAAAUCAAGGAAAACAGCACUAAUUAGUUUAAUAUGUUGUUCUUUUUUAAAGUUGUCUUUCUUUUAAUAUUGCGUUUUGAAUUUUAAAAAGUUGCUGAAAAUGUUGGUCGGGUGUAUGAUUGAUUUUUUUUAUAAAUGAAGAUGAAACUAUACAUAUCUAACUUUUGGCAUAUCCGAUGAACAGAAUGCAAUAGUAUUAAAAAGUGUUUAGUAUAUUCGGAAGAAUAGUAUACAAUAGUAUUGAUAAGUGUUUGGUAUAUCUGGUAAUUAGAAAGCUGUAGUUAUGAAAUGUGUUUUAAAUAUCAGAUGAAAAGAAUGCCGCAAUAUUGAUACGUUGUUGGUAUAUCUGAUAAACAGAAUGCAGUAGUAUUGAUAAACUAAGUCUGAACAAUAAGAUAAUCUGUAUUCUUCUGCUUUUUUAUGCUAUCUAUAUAGAGCGGGGCGUGGGUCUUGCCAAAAUUGCAAAGCGCUUGACUUCCAAACAGGGAUUGAAUCUCAAUGAAGACUGUGAUUUUGAAGUUCGGAACUUUUAAGACUCCCCUGGGUUUUCUUAACUCUAAUGGGUACCCGGCAUUAGUUGGGAAAGAAAAAGCGGCUGAUCAUUGUGCUGGUAACAUGAUACCUUGGUUAACCGUUGACCACAGAAACAGAUAAGCUUUACAUCAUCUGCCCCAUAGAUCACAAGUUCUGAAAAGAGGGGAGAGAGACUUUUUUUUUAACUACAUGGAUACUAAAUAGUAUAUAAAACGAAAUGGUCGAUAAGUUUUCUGUGAAUCUUCUCUUCAUUCUAAAAAAAAAAUUUGCAACACAGUUUCCAAUAUUCCCGAAAUUGGACCAAGGAAUAUGAACAAGAAUCUACUAUAAAAUGUUUAGGUUAUAUCAUAGACAUAAAUAAAUAUAGACUGGCCGAAGGAAGUAACUUCAUGUAACUUGAAAACAUGUAUAUCUAUUGUAUUCGGAUUUCCGAAUUAUGAAAAAUUACAUUAUCUUGAAAUAUCUUCAGUCUUAGAAAUUAAAAAAAAAACAAUAGUGAAAAUAAUGUAAUAGUUAUAUAGGUUAUGGCUGAAAUAGAUAUGAAUAAUUAACUUUUAUACUGCUCAUAAAUGCUGUAUAAUAAAGUACACAAAAUUGCAAGUCACAAAUUUUCGUUUCAUAAAACUCUUUAAUCGGCCAGUCUAUAUUUAUUUAUGUCUAUGGUUAUAUAUAUUAUAUCUAGACUGGAAAACGGAAACAAAGUCUUAGCCGCGAUUGAUCAUUUCACAGACCUAUACAUAUAGAUUGUUAUGUAUUAAUCACAGAGCUAUAUAUUCACGCCAAUUUAUGAAAUAAAGUCAUUUCCUGCUAGUUUCCAUUUUGAAGAUCACACCACUAGAUUCUAGAUAGAAAUAAUUCAUGUCUAUUAAUUUUAGUCAUAUUAUGUACAUUUAAAUAGAUUGAUUUUGUUUUUAUGUAUCUAAAUCUAAUAAUUAUGAGACAGGGUGCUCUUAUUUUCGAUGUUCAAUUACUAGAUCUAAAUCUAAACAUUAAAUUAUAUGUUACAUAGGUUAGGGUUGAAAAAAACAACUUUACUUCUUAUAACUACUUUACAAAACAACGCCUUGUUUCAACUUUUUAAAAACGUUUUUCAAGACAUUUUUUGUAGUGUUAAAAGAUCUCCAUGUACAGUCUAGAUAUAAUGUAUAGGUCUGUGGAUUAGAUGCUUUCCGAGGAAAUCUCAAUACAGUAUUUCUUCAUUUAUCUUCUUUUUCUCUACAACUGUCUUUUAUUGCACAAAGAAGAGAAACUGUAAACUGGAUUUUAAAAUUAAAAUGCAGACAAAGAUUAAUAUUAUGUGAUUAGCCUAAUACUAAAACCCACAUUGGAUAGAUUUUAUUUAGAAGUGUUUAACUUUAUUUUGUUGGCAUUACACUCUCACUAGCAUAUUCAAGACUAUUAUAUUUAUAAGAUAUCAUAUCAUUCUAGAAUCUCAGUCUCAUCGCUUUCAAAUCUAUUUCUGAUUUGAUUAAUUUUACUUUUUUUUUCCUUGGUGAGUGAGUAUGCAGUUUGUUGGUUUGCUCUUAGCGUGUUUUCUAGUCUAGUUUGAGCAUUGAAAUCGUAUUUGCUUAGAAAUACUGGUUCUCACACUAUAUAUGGUUCUUAUCCUUAUUGCUGGUCGGAAAAGUGUUUAGAAACACUGGUUCUCAUCCUAAGGCUGGAUGUAAAAGUGAUUAGAAAUACUGAAUCUCAACCUUUGGCUGAAAGUGGAAAGUUACUAGAACACUGGUUCCUACCCUAUGUUUGAAUGUGAAAGUGCUUAGAAACACUGGAUAUCUCUCUAAAGUUGGAUGUGGAAGUGCUGAACAGUGAGUGUACUAUUCACAUGGUUGGAUGCCGAAACUUAACAGAGCUAUUGAUUGUUCUUAACUAUGCUUAUUAGCUGAAUACAUAAGUAUGAAUGAAAAUGAAAAGAAAAAUGAACCAAUUAAUUACUUCAUUGUGGUAGUAGUAAUUAUUUAAAUUUAGUUAGAUAUUGAUUAUAGGAAAUAAAUCUUAUAGUCUUAUAGAUUUUUAAAGUAUUACUAAUAAUAUAUUAACACUGUUAGCUGAUAAAAUAUAAAAUACUAACUCAUGUCAGGCCAGAGUUCUGGGUCUCCUGUUAACUUUUAGAGGUGAAGGGGAGCAAUUUAGGUUAUUUUCACUAUGUUGUUUUUAUUUUGUUUAUUUGCCUUUGUAAGAUGUUUUUUUGAAUCGAAUGUAACUCAUAGUAAGUCUGGUUUUUGUUUUUAGUUUAGGAUAUAUGGAUUUUAGUUUCUGGACUUUAAUUAUUGUGUAACUAUUAUUCAGUGUAUCUGAUAUUGUUCUGUUAGUUCCAUGCUAGAUAUUUCAUUUGCCAGAACUGUGCCUGUAUUUUAUUUAUAUUCUCAAUAAAACAAGUUAUUAGU